ACACACACACACACACAAAGACAAUUUUCUGCACCUGAUAUUCACAGAGGUGUCAUUUCAAGAGAGGUUAAUUUAAAAACAAGAUCUUAUUUAAAAGAGCAGACGUCGCGGCCGUGUUGCGCUUCAAACUGCCAGAAAUCAGCCAGACAUUCAGAUGGACCAGUCGGCGAAGUCGUACAUGUUUGCGAGUCUGACGCGGCCUCACUCCGAGCAGCUCCUGCAGGGUCUGCAGCUCCUGCGACAGGACCAUGAGCUCUGCGACAUCGUGCUGCGGGUGGGAGACGCCAAGAUUCACGCGCACAAGGUGGUGCUGGCCAGCAUCAGCCCGUACUUCAAGGCCAUGUUCACCGGCAACCUGUCUGAGAAAGAGACGUCAGAGGUGGAGUUCCAGUGCGUCGAUGAAGCCGCGCUCAAGGCCAUAGUGGAGUACGCUUACACAGGAACAGUCUUCAUCUCACAGGAAACGGUGGAGUCUCUACUUCCUGCCGCCAACCUCCUGCAGGUCAAGCUGGUUCUGAAAGAGUGCUGCAGCUUCCUGGAGAGCCAGCUGGACGCCGGCAACUGCAUCGGGAUCUCGCGCUUCGCCGAAACCUACGGCUGCCACGAUCUGUGCUUAGCGGCCACCAAGUUCAUCUGCCAAAACUUCGAGGAGGUGUGUCAGACGGAGGAGUUCUUCGAGCUGACGCGGGCCGAGCUGGACGAGAUCGUCUCCAACGACUGCCUGAACGUGGUGACGGAGGAGACGGUGUUCUACGCCCUGGAGUCCUGGAUCAAGUACGACCUGACGGAGCGGCAGCAGUAUCUGGCGCAGCUCCUGCACUGCGUACGGCUGCCGCUGCUGAGCGUCAAGUUCCUCACGCGGCUCUACGAGGCCAAUCACCUGAUCCGAGACGACCACGCCUGCAAGCACCUGCUCAACGAGGCCCUCAAGUAUCACUUCAUGCCUGAACACCGGCUCUCCUACCAGACGGUGCUGUCCACGCGGCCGCGCUGCGCUCCCAAGGUCCUGCUGGCGGUCGGGGGCAAAGCCGGGCUGUUCGCCACGCUGGAAAGUAUGGAGAUGUACUUCCCGCAGACGGACUCGUGGAUCGGACUGGCUCCGCUCACUGUGCCGCGUUAUGAGUUCGGCGUGGCCGUCCUGGAGCAGAAGGUGUACGUGGUGGGCGGCAUCGCCACCCACAUGCGGCAGGGCAUCAGCUACCGGCGGCACGAGAGCACCGUGGAGAGAUGGGACCCCGACAGCAACACGUGGUCGUCGGUGGAGCACAUGGCCGAAUGCAGGAGCACGCUGGGUGUGGUGGUGUUAGCGGGGGAGCUGUAUGCGCUCGGCGGCUACGACGGCCAGUACUACCUGCAGUCUGUGGAGAAAUACGUGCCCAAGGUGAAGGAGUGGCAGCCCGUGGCGCCCAUGACCAAAUCACGCAGCUGCUUCGCCACCGCUGUGCUGGACGGGAUGAUCUACGCCAUCGGCGGCUACGGCCCUGCGCACAUGAACAGUGUGGAGAGAUACGAUCCAAGCAAAGACUCAUGGGAUAUGGUGGCGCCCAUGGCCGACAAGCGCAUCAACUUCGGAGUGGGCGUGAUGCUGGGCUUCAUCUUCGUCGUCGGCGGACACAACGGUGUCUCUCAUUUAUCCAGCAUUGAGCGAUACGACCCGCAUCAGAACCAGUGGACGGCGUGUCGGCCCAUGAACGAGCCGCGCACAGGCGUGGGCUCGGCCGUGGUUGAUAACUACCUCUACGUGGUCGGCGGUCACUCGGGAUCCUCGUACCUGAACACGGUGCAGCGCUACGACCCCAUCACGGACAGCUGGCACGACUCCAGCGGCAUGAUGUACUGCCGCUGUAACUUCGGCCUCACUGCCCUUUGACCCUGGGCGCACGGAUGACGCUCUGUCAGAGACCGCGAGGGGAAGGAUGGGGUUCAUUUCUGGAGUGUGUUUCUCGCUCACCCGGUGACGUUUGCUCCGCGCCGGCACACGGACGUGGAGCGCCGCGGCUCACGGCCGUCACUGAAGCACGGAUGAACACGCGAGGGCCGAGAGCCUUCCACAAACCCGCGGAGGACGCGGAAGCCUCGAGCUCUUUCCCCUUUACAUUUCAAGGCUUCUCAUGAGGGACGCACAUGGAUGUGUGUGUGAUGCAUGAGUGGAAUCAGCGCUUCGCUCUGGAGGAGGAGCGCGGCACUCGUGAUAAGGGCUGCCUUCUGUCACGCGCACAUGUGUGUGUGAGUGUGAGUGUGAGAGUGUGUGAGUAUGAGUGUAUGUGAUAGGGCUGCACGAUUUAUAGCAAUUUUAUCGCACGUGAUUUGGCGAAGGCUGCGAUUAUUUCAAGCGUAGCUUGUCAGAGCUGUACGGCUCUGUGAUCAGCAGUAAAUGCUUCUCCAUCUGAAAGCCAGAGGGCGCUCUCAUGCAGAAACUGCAAAUAUGGCCUGCAGUAGAAGUAGAUAACACGUCAUUCCAGGAAAUCCCAUACUAUCGCUGUAGCUGAAUAAACAGAAGAUUGAAACGCUUUGAUUGAUUAAACAUGACUAAUAAACACACGACUGCCUUAUUCUGUGUAAGAAGACACACCAUCCCACAGAAGGACGCUCAACUGUCGUUAUGAAGUAAAUACACGUUAUUAAAUAUUGUCUUUUGUUGGACAAGAUGUUAAUAAAUGCUUCUCAUGUCUGGAAAGAUGUUUGAUGCGUGUUGCUUUUUGAAAUGCACAUUAUAAGCGACUCAAACUCGCAGUGCUUUCAGAUGGAUCAGCAUUUGGAGCCGUACUUCAUUGACAAGUCACGCAAAAAAAUAAUUGCAGCUUUGCGAUUUCAUAAUCGCACUAAGCCAAAUUGUUUAAGUGCGAUUUCAGUGUUUUUUCUUCUAAUCGUCUGAUUAAUCGUGCAGCCCUAGUAUGUGGGUGAGUAUAUGUGUGAGUAUUUGUGAGUGUGAGAGUAUGUGAGUGCGUGUGAAUAUGUGUGUGAGUAUAUGAGUAUCUGUGUGAGUAUGUGUGAGUA